AUGCCCGAUUCUACGAACAACCAAGGCUCAGCCCCACCCGGCCUUUCCUCUAGGCCUCUCCCCUCCUCCUUUGACGAUAACGCUGACUUUUACAACGAAAAUGGCUUCCAAAAGGUGUCCCGCCGUCUCCGCGAGGAGCCCUUGAUCCCCAUCGGUUGUAUCGCCACCGUCGCGGCCUUCACGGGCGCCUACCGUGCCAUGCGCCGCGGUGACCACCAGCAGGUUCAGCGCAUGUUCCGCGCCCGUGUUGCCGCCCAGGCCUUUACCGUCGUCGCGAUGGUCGCCGGCAGCUGGUACUACGCUGCCGAUCGCCAAAAGCAGAAGGAGCUGUGGAAGCUGAAGGAACAGCAGGACGCCGAAGAGAAGCGUCAGAAGUGGAUUAGGGAGCUUGAGGUGCGCGAUGCCGAGGACAAGGCCCUGCAGGAGAGACUCGAGAAGAGGAGGAAGAAGAAGGCAGAGCGCGACUCGGCUGCUGGCGCUCCCGAUGGCGUCGCCGCUCAAGCCCAGGCCGCCUAUGCUGGUGCCAAGGACAAGGCCAGCAAUCUAGCCGGAAACGUAGCGCCCGAGGAUCCCACCAAGUCCCACGCCGCAGGUGUCCGCGAGGCACUACCUACUUGGCUUGGGGGCUCCAAGGGAGCCGAUGGGUCGUCGCGGGAUAAGAAUUAG